AAGGUUCACACCCACAUGGACCUAUAGAAGGGAACGGUCAGCCGCUAAUACGCAAUAGCCCGGGGCCGCGCGUAAUAGGCCUCCCUUUGGAGCAGCCGGGGGCGGAACCAUGUUGCAGAGACAUAUAUAUGCUCGGCCUGGUGCACUGCUAGCACUGUUACUUGCCGUCAGUGGUGAGCUAUGGAGCAAUGUCUCAGCAGGCCGCAUUCGGACUGGCGCUUCCACGGGUCCUUCAUAUGGUUACGGUUCCUUCAGCCCUCCUUACAUGGACGCGCCUACAGGUUCCUACAGUCCCCCCUACACGGGCCCCUCGCCGCCCCCAGCCAUGGAUGCCUGUGCUGCAGUGCUGCCCAUCCAGUGCGCUGACCUUCCCACCUUCCUGUACGAGGGGACUGCGCGCAUCGUGCAGCUGGAACAGAAGAUCACCGAUCUUACCAAGCGUCUUGAGGCUCUGGAGCAGCGGUUCGGCUCCACCUUCUCUCCACCCUCCCCACCAGAGGGCCACCACUACUCCCCUCCCGAUAACCACUACAACUACCCGCCCUGGCGCCCCUGGACCCCUUGGACGCCCUCCUGGCCCGUCAGCCCCAUUCCUCCGCCCGCCCCGCCUUCGCCGCCCACGCCCGUCUGGGUGGCCUACCCGCCGGACGCCCUCACUGGCCCCGAAACGACGUUCGAGAACCUAUGGUUCGGCAACGGCGUGUAUCGUGUCAGCGCCUCUUCGGAUUUAUCGUAUCCGGGGAGCACAUCCGCUUACAUGGCGUUUGACAAGCAAUACUAUGGCAGCGGAGGAUCGUGGACGACAGCCGACUCCUCGCUGUACGACAUUUACUAUCCGUUCAGUUACAACGGGGCCGCAAAGACGUACGAGGCGACAGAGGUAUAUGCUGGCGAGUGGGUGCAGCUUCAGAUGCCGGAAGCCAUUCGGGUGACAACCUAUGCAGUGUAUGUCCCUUACGACAUGCCGCACCGCGGCCCAAAGGAUUUUGCUUUGCUUGGGUCCAACGAUGGAUACCGUUGGCAGUUGGUUGACAAGCAGUACGGCAUCAUGACCUGGAGCAUGUUCGGCUUUUGGUUUACUGCUGCACAGCCUGGCGAGUACUCGUACUAUCGACUUGUCGUCCAGAGCAACAACGGUGCCGGUUAUUUGAGCAUCAAUGAGCUGGUUCUCGUCGCCAUCCUGAAUGGGCAGCCUGUCGGUUCUCCUCCUUCUCCUCCUCCCGUCCCAGAUUAUACACCGCCGCCUACCUACUCUACGUAUGGUGGUCCUUCUUCGCCCCCAGAUUCUCCCCCGGUGCCUACCUACUCUCCCUCCUUCCCUCCUAAUACUUCAGAUGCUCCCGCUAGGCCGCCCUACGUCAUCGACUAUCCCUCCUAUCCUCAAUACCCCUCCGCCCAGCCCAGCCCCCUGCCCUACCCGCCAGCUCCUCUCACCGGCUACGACACUGACUUGGAGAAUGUGACGUACGGCAACGGCAUAUACCGCGUCCGCGCUUCUUCUGACCUCGGGUAUCCGGAGGCUGCUUGGGAGGCAUUUGAUUACCAGCUUAACACCGGACAAGGGCACAUGUGGACGGUUGCUGAUUACAAUCUGUACGACUCCAGCUACCCGUACAGCUACCUGGGCGCAGCCGGUACUCAGAUCGGCGAGCAGUGGUUCAAGGGCGAGUGGAUCCAAAUCGAGAUGCCGACAAAGGUCAAGGUGGUCCAGUACAAGUUGUGGACGCGUGAUGGCGACCUGAUCCGCGGUCCUAAGGAUUUCGUACUGGUUGGAUCCAACGAUGGUUCCAGCUGGGCUGUUGUAGACGAGCGAUCGUCUAUUUCGUACUGGAACCCGUCUGGAUUCAGCUUUGACGUGGCCGGCGCAAGCAGCUAUUCGUUCUACCGGCUGUGCGUCGCAUCCAACAACGGUGGCGGUUGGUUGACCUUGUACGAGAUGGUUCUGUAUGGCCUUUCUGAGCAAGGAUUUCAGCCGCCGUUUGUGAACCCUCCAUCCAGCAUCCCUUCCUCUCCCGAUCUUCCGUCAUCACCCAGCUUCACUGACUACACCGAGAGGCCCUCCCAUCCUCAGUACCCCUCUUCCCCACCCAGCCCCAUGCGCUACCCGCCUGCUCCUCUCGCCGGGUACAACAGUAACCUCUUGAAUCAGGCGUACGGCAACGGCAUGUACCGCGUCCGCGCUUCUUCUGACCUCGGGUACCCGGAGGCUGCUUGGGAGGCAUUUGAUUACCAGCUCAACACCCGACAAGGGCACAUGUGGACGGUUGCUGAUUACAAUCUGUACGACUCCAGCUACCCGUACAGAUACCUGGGCCGCACCAGUACUCUGAUCGGUAGUCAGUGGUAUUUGGGCGAGUGGAUUCAGAUCGAGAUGCCUGAGCAAAUCAGGUUGGUACAGUACAAGUUGUGGACACGUGAUGGCGACAUGCUGGACCGCGGUCCUAAGGAUUUCGUACUGAUUGGAUCCAACGAUGGUUCCAGCUGGGCUGUUGUAGACGAGCGGGCGGCCGUUACGAACUGGACGACGGCUGGGUACAGUUUUGACGUUACUGGCGCCAGCAACUAUUCGUUCUACCGGCUGUGCGUUGCAACCAACAACGGUGGCGGUUGGUUGACUCUGUACGAGAUGGUGUUAUAUGGCUUCCCAGGUGAGCAAGGGUCUCUUGAUGUUUCUGGCCCGCCACCGCAUAGCUGGUAACAUGCCUGGUCGCUACGAGGUUCGGAUUUAGGAGCUGUUCUUGUGUUAGGAUGCAGGGAUGUCUGGUGGCUAGUAGUAUACACACAGCGGGUUUAGCUAGGUAUUCGCGAUGUGACCCAUGGUUCAGCGUGGGGUAAUGAAACAUGUGUCGAUGCUGUUGCUACCACUAAUCGCAAUGGUUAAUGUUAUGAGAGCCCCGAGCGCGUGAUCUUUGUUUUCUGCAACGAUACUCGGCAUUAGCUCGCAAAUCAUACAUUCAGCAUACAUUCUAGCGCACGGUUGGAGACGCCGUUAGCAUCAUGUGCGUGCGCCGUUCCGUCAUUCUUAUACUCUCUAUCAUUAUAGUUGUUACUUCUGUGCAUGCUGUUGUUUAUUUCGCCAUGAGUCUUGUAUCAACGUUCCACGGCGCGUGGGUUAGGGUCUGCUGAUGCUAAUGCCACGCAACGGCUGAGGUGAUAAGACAAUCCCCAAUGAGGUUAAGACUUUGGCUAUCCUAUCGCAAGCCCUAUCCUUGACAUGGCUUCAUCGCCGAUGCCAGUCAA